AUUAAAGCCGUUCCCCUUCUGUCAAUUGUGCUGCACCGACUCAUCAGGUUCACUUGUAGUCAUGAAGCUAGCUGUGGGUUUGUGUUUGCUCCUGACUCUGCUGUCGGCCUAUUAUAUCUACAUUCCACUGCCCAGCACAGUCUCCGAGCCAUGGAAGCUAAUGCUGCUGGAUGCCACUUUCCGAGGUGUUCAGCAUCUGGGUCACCUUGCCCAUCACCUGGGACUAAGCCAUUAUAUAACGGUGCUGAAUUUUGCAGUGAUGUCAUUUGAAAUCUUGGCUCCAUUGUCCAGUGAAAGUGUUCGAGUUUCAGAUGUGAUGUUUGACAAAGUUCUGGUGCGGGUGUUUGAAACCACCAAGCUUCCAAGCGAGGAUCUGAAGCGCAGUGUCAUUUACAUACACGGUGGAGGAUGGGCAUUGGGCAGUGCAAGGAUGAGGUCCUAUGAUCAUUUGUGCAGAAAAAUGGCUGAAGACAUGAAUGCUGUUAUUGUGUCUGUGGAAUACCGACUGGCCCCAGAUGUUCAUUUCCCUGAACAGUACAAUGAUGUAUACGUUGCCACCAAAUACUUUCUACAUCCAGACGUUUUGGCCAGGUAUUCUGUGGAUCCUGACAGGGUGGCUAUUUCUGGAGACAGUGCUGGAGGCAACCUUGCAGCUGCUGCUUGUCAACAGCUGGCUUUGGACCACAGCGUUUCCAAUAAACUUAAGCUUCAGGCAUUAAUAUAUCCGGUUCUCCAAGCUCUGGAUUUUAACACGCCUUCCUAUCAGCAAAACAGAGACGUGCCUAUACUUUAUCGGCCUCUGAUGGCGCGAUUUUGGCUGGAAUACCUGAAUGGGGAUAUUGGUUUCAUUCAGCCUUUGCUAGUGAACAACCACUCUGCCUUAGAGCUCAGUCAAGCCACAGUGAGCCGUGCUAAGCUCAACUGGACCUCUCUUCUGCCUUCUAACUUCAAAAAAAAUUACAAGCCUGUAGUUCAGACCAUUGGAACUCCUAGAGUCCUUGAGGAAGUACCAGCAUUUCUAGAUGUGAGAGCUGCUCCACUUCUAGCUGACAAAGGUGUUCUGCAAUUGCUUCCGAAAACAUACAUCAUGACCUGUGAACAUGACGUCUUAAGAGAUGAUGGAACUAUGUAUGUCAAGCGUCUGGAAGAAGCUGGAGUACAAGUGACCCAUGACCAUUACGACGAUGGAUUUCAUGGCUGCAUGAUUUUUGGUAUCUGGCCAACGUAUUUCUCAGUUGGUGUUCGAACCAUGACCAAUUACAUAAAGUGGCUUGAUCUGAAUUUAUAGAUAUUUCAGUGCUUGACAUAUUUCAGGUUGUCGGCGGCACACACAGUCACAUUUGUAUGUCAUGCAACAUAGCAAUGCAAGUUUAUCUCAUCUAAAAAGACAUUUUUUAAGGUUUCGACUAACCUUGGUUGUUAACUUUGUCUCGAGUCUUUUAUGUUCUUAGUAAGAGCUGAGAGUUCCAAUAGAGCAUUUAACAAGUUAUCAUUUAUUUGAACAAUGAAUGUAAUCCAGGAGUUUGUAGCCUUAGUUUAAAAGUAUUUUUAUACACUUAAUUCAUUCAGCAAUCAUAGGUUUAUGUAUGAAGUUGCACAUUUUUGACAAGUAUAUUCAGUAUGUUUCAGAUUGGUUAACAAGUAUAAGAUUCAACCUUUGAGAAGUAGUUGAAUAUUGAGAAUCAACAUUUCGAUUGUUGGAAAUAUCAUAUUAUUCAAUCAUUUGGGUUAUGGUAGCAACACAAACAAUUUUGAUCAAUUAAAUUAAUAAUAACAUGCAAUUAUCAAAAUCAACAGGUUGACAGUUUUAUCCAUUGUUUUUGUAUAGCAAUAGAGAAUUUAUUUCCAUUAUGUGCAUGUUUAUUUUAAUCAGUUUUUAAGUAUUGUUAAACGGUAAUGUGCAUGGUGAUAUUUAGAGCAGAUAUCCUUUCCAGAUAUUGCUCCCAGGGACUUCUGUGAAUUCUCAGUUAAAUGACAUAUCAGAAGUAAAGCAUAAAGCCAAAGGUUUUUUGAAUUUAUUUUGUAAAAAAAGCUGCUUUGAAAGUAAUUGCACAGAGUAUUCGUCACUGGAUGUAUUAAGAAAAUUAAGAGAGGCGUGAAAAUGCAUUUUAUCCUGUAUAUUCCCAUCAUUAUUAUGUACAAGUAAUUUUGAGUUUGUUGUUAGCUUAGUGGACUGUGCUCCACUGGUUCAAGCAGAUACAACAGAGAGCCCAGCAGGACUGAGUGCGAGUGUUAUUAAAACGGGAGGAAGACGUUCGGUGGAGAGGCUGCAGACAUCUCAAUGGUAAACUUGACCGAAAGUUUCUUUGCUGCUGAUUAUUACUAAGCUGCUUUGCAUAUUUCACUAAUAUGUACUUUUCUCAAAAUGUUUGUUUGUUUGUUUGUUUGUUCUGUUAAGUGUGUACUGUAUAUCAUUAUUAUUAAGUACUACAGUUACUUGAUUAUUUUGACUUUUAUUGCAAAAACUAUUAGUGAAGGACCUUCCAUGUCAGAUAUUUGUCAUUUUCAUUUUCCAGACUACAGAUGUGCUGCAUCUGCCCAAAAAGUGAAAAGUGUAUCCGAGGAUUGUUUUCCAAUAAUGUUUUAACACAAAUCGACUGUGGAACAGUUUUUUUUUUUUUAAUUUUUUUUUAGGGAAGAUGCAUAAAAGUUACAUUUGUGUACUUUAUAUUUUGUUGACAUUUGUAUGUAGUUUACAGUAACCACUUUUGUCAUGUAUGUCUCUGUUUUAAUGUUAGUGACUUUGUCUUUAACAUUAAAAUGAAAAAAGGGA